AUGGAUGCUGAUACCCAAAAGCUCUUCCAGAGAGUUGCUGCAAAGCUGGGCUGGGCCGAGGAUGGAGGACUGGAUAAAGCCGAAGAGCAGCUGAGAAAAAGUGUAAAGAAAACCCGCCGUCCAGCCGUUGGGAGCUCUGAUUCUGGGCCUUUACUGCGCAAAGACCCUUCUCUGAAGAUCCAGUUUUCUGAGAGCGAUGACUCGGAAAAGGAGAAUCAGGCUGCAAAACAAGAGGGGCACCCGAACCGUGUGGUGCUUGACUCUAGCGAUGACGACUUUGAUCAGUAUCUUGCUGUAAAAGCGGCGCCUGAACCUUCCGCUGAACCGCCAAACUCGGCCCUACGAACAGUUAGGGAACCAGUCCCAGUGCUGAGCUCGGAUAGCGACGACAGCUUUGAAAACUUUUUGAGUCGAGUGAAAACGCCGCAGACUCAGCCCAGACAGCGCGCUGUAACAGGCAGUGGAGACAGUCUUAAAGAUUUCAUAGUUGACAACUUUUCCUCCGAUGACGACUUCGUUUUUGAAAAGGGGAAGCCCCCUGCUAUCAAAGGCCACGCCAAGACGCCAAGGUCUGUCCUAGCUGCUGAGCGAGUGAAGAGGCCUCCUCUCUCUCAGUGUGACUCUCCCGUCUUCCUCAGCGACAGCAAUGAUGACAGCGACAUCGUCAUCAAGAGCACCUGGAAGACCCGUCACGCCCGACCCUUCUCCCAGCCCUCGUCAGAGGAGCACGGGGUCAAAGUUCAGGGGCGGGAGCCCGAACGUGCCCGGUCGUCGCCGCUCUCCUGUUCUCCUCCCCCCUCUCUCCCCUCGUUGCCCCGGAGACACGCUCAAACCAGGCCUGACGACUCCGGCAGCUCAGGAGAUGAGUUCCAGACUUUACUGGACAGGAUAAAGAAGAAUCGGAAAGUGGGCUCUCAGGCAUCUCCAAAACCUCCGUCAGGUCCGAAGCAGAGACCCAUGAGUUUGUCAGAUCCUCCUGUAAAGGCCCAGAGGGAGAACUCUCUAAAACCAGUGAAUCGGCCCGAGGUGGGCCGGACGCCUGUGCAGAUCCCCAGGGCCGGACCCGUGAGUCUGACGGAGCCUAGACCCGCUCCGACCAGCAGAGUGGCUAUGUGCAAAACCCCAGGCUGCUUCCUUCAGUCUCUGUCCAAUCCCGGAUCUAGUUACAGCCGCGGCUUCAAGCAGAAUAAAGAAGAACUGACCAGCAAACUGUACCAGCUCUACAACUCCAGCGUGUUUGACAGCAAGCUCCCCUCCGACAUGUCCGUGACCUGGAAUAAGAAGCUGAGGAAGACUGCUGGGAUUUGUAUUACAGGACAGGAGCGCAACGCAGGCAGUCGCUACGCUCGGAUCGAACUGUCCGUCAAAGUGUGUGACUCGGCAGACCGUCUCAGAGACACCUUGGUACAUGAGAUGUGCCAUGCGGCCACAUGGCUGAUAAACAACGUGCGGGAUGGCCACGGACCCUUCUGGAAAAUCUACGCCCGCAAGGCGACGCUGGCUCACCCAGAGCUGCCCAUGGUCACACGCUGCCACAGCUACGACAUCAACUACAAAUACCAGUACCAAUGUAACCGCUGCAAAAACACGAUUGGCCGUCACUCCAAGUCCCUGGACACUCAGAGGUUUAUCUGUGCCCUGUGCCAGGGUCAGCUGGUGCUGCUCACGCCCUCUAAACCACGCGCGGCCACGCCCUUCGCCAACUUCGUCAAAGAACACUAUAAAACGGCCCGGCAGGAGCUGGCGGGUCAGAGCCACGCCGAGGUGAUGCGUAAACUCAGCGCCGACUUCGCCAGCAAGACCCGUCUCAGCCAGAGCUGA